UUGGUGAGUCAGCCAACGUAGACGAUGAUGAUGAUGAUUUUGAGGGAGAGGAUUCAGCAGAGGAUAGUUAUGAGAGUGGGGGGGACGAUGUGGCUGAGGAGGAUGACACAUCCUCGUUUUCCUCCUUACACUCCUGGUGGUUCCAGUGUUCGUCCCGGUCUACAGAGUACUCUUGGGCGAG